CUGAAAAAAUAUCCAGUCAUGAUGUUCAUCCAUGGCGAAAGCUACGAGUGGAACAGCGGCAAUCCUUAUGACGGCACCAUACUGGCGGCCUACGGCAACGUUGUUUUCGUCACGAUUAAUUUUCGAUUGGGCAUCUUAGGUUUCCUGAGACCUGGAAUUAGAGACGACACAGCAAGCAAUUUCGGUUUGUUGGAUCAAAUAGCGGCGUUGCUUUGGUUAAGGGAGAACAUUGCGGAAUUUGGCGGCAAUCCUAACAGCGUCACUUUAGUCGGUCACGGAACCGGAGCUAUUUUUGCUAAUCUGCUGCUAAUCAGUCCGGUAGCUAAUAGAAAAGAUUUGUUUAAACGGGCAAUCCUGAUGUCCGGAUCGGCAAUGAGCGCGGACGCCAUCGGUAAGGCACCACUGCAAAUUACCAAGCAGGUAGCGCACGCUCUCAACUGUCCCACUACUAGCGAUAGUGAACUUGCGCUGUGCUUACGCAACCAGGAUGUAGACACGCUGCUGCACGUGAAAAUCCACAAGCCGAAAUAUGUGCCGGCUUACGCGCCACUAAUCGACCGCGCCGUCAUCCCCGACAAGCCGCUCAAUUUAAUGGAGAACGUCCAGACCUUUGGCCGGUUUGAUCUGAUGUAUGGCGUAACAGAGUCCGAGAAGUUUCACAUCCUUCCACCAGUUGCUUUGCUGCACGGUAUGCUCGAUGGACAACGUGAUGAGGUCCUGCGAGAUCACGCCAAGGCGACGCAUGAACUGGAGCCGGAGCUGAUCCUGUCGAAGGUGCUGGAGCAAUAUGGCGACUUCUCGAGCGGAUUCACGAAGGACUACGCAACGAUGAAUCGGGACCUGGUGCUGGAAGCGAUCUCCGACAGUGGCAUCGUUGCGCCGUUAAUAAUGACUGCCAAUUUGCAUUCAAGGGCGAACCCGAAGAGCUACAUGUACGUCUUCUCGCAUCCGAAAGCUAUGCAAGACUACUCCGGACAACAACGUCAACACACAGUGCAUGGAGAAGAGUUGCCAUAUGUAUUGGGUAUUCCGCUGGAUGGUAGCAAGUACGACCUGCGUGGUCGAUAUGACGUCAGAGAAACGCUGCUUUCGGAGGCCAUUAUGAACUGGUGGUGCAGUUUCGCGUAUAUCGGGAGCCCGUACAUCGCCAAGCGAUAUCCCUACCUGACCAAUGCGUUCAAGGAAUGGGGACGGUACGAGAUCGAGUGGCCGGAGUAUGACCCUGUCAAUCAGACAUACUUCAACCUAACCAUACCGCCUAAUGUGGGUGCGCACUACCGCUCGGUGGAGAUGCAGUUCUGGAAUGAGGACCUGCCCAAUUUGCUGAGACACCCGAAUAAGGACAUUCCGGGCCCGACCCGACCGAGAGGUCCGCGACCGCAGAUCCUUGAUUUCGCCGAUGGGAUCGGCAGAUACGCCAACGGUACCGCGAACCGGAAGUACGAGACCUACAGUGCCAGAUACACAACACCAUCCAGUAUCACGGACUCCAGCACGGAUAAAACGCCAUUUUCCAUAAUGUUUACGACGAGUACUAGCAUCGCACAGGAGCCCACGGUGGAGCCGAGCACGUUGAAGAAUCAGUCGAUGAUGAUGAUGGUGAUUGUCUUCAGCGUGCUAUUUAUACUGAUAAACCUCACAAUCUUCCUCUAUAUCUACCACAAGAGGCACAACGUGAAGGGAAAGGAGAAAUCGUUGAAGAGGCGAGCGAGCGAGAAGAGAGAAGACUCCGUCAAGAGGUCGAAAACCGAUAAACACGACAACCACUACAGCCAGCUGGGCUACAAAAGCGAUAGCAAGCCAGAUUUGAAUGACGUGAUAAAGAAUGACAAGGCGUACGAUAACAACUCCAACUUUGGGCGUAGAUCCAAGCUGUCGAGGCAGAAUUCGAGCUCUACCAUUGAUACUCACAUCAAAGUCAGAGAGUGGAUUCAGCAGGAAAUCGUGCACAGAUGCUCGCCGCGAUUCCUGCGCAAGACACGAGAGACGUUGCAGAAGGAGCAUCAAGAAAAAUUGAGUAAGCAGGAGGAACAGCAACGCAUGGAGGAAGAAGCAUUGAAGGAGAGAAAAGAGGAGCCGAUCUACGACGAGAGCCCAGCGUUGGUUGUGCGUCCUGGAAAGAAACCGAAGACACCGAAAGUCUCCGUGGCUAUUGACGCUACCCCCGCAACCAGGACGAACUCCAUCCUGAACCAAGUGCCGAUUGAAUUAGUGAGGGGUAUCGAGCUGGUGAACGAAUAUGAACCUAGUCCGGAUCAGCUGGCACCUCAGGUGGUCGUGAUCGAGCAUCAUCACUCGAGGAGCGACCCACUGCCGAUGGAAAACGUCCUGAAGAUGAUGAAGCCGAAUUUCUCUACUCCCAGAAUCUACGAGUCGGACUCGGGGAGCGCGAACAGCCUGUACGCCAAGAUCAAUCCCAAGUUGAAGUCCCGUCUGCCCCGUCUCGGUUCGGGAGCAACUGCAGAGGCGCCAUUGCCUGAAUCAAGGUGCGAGAAUCUCCUUGAUGAAGAGAUUUACAUGAAGACCGGCCUGACAACCUUUGGCACGGGCGAUGUGAACGUGACGUGUCGUGAGCCAACUGUGGAGAGAGAGUGCAUAAGCCCCGAAGAAGCCCUAAAAACGAUCAAGCGCCGAAACUAUCCCAAGGUAUUGCCGGACAUAGAAAAGAGGCGAUCACUGCCUGCACCAAACAGCCUCUUUGUGCCAAAGCAGCACGCGAAUUCGCUGAAGGAUUACAAGAGUGGCAAUCGAGUGAACUUGUUCUCGAAUCAACCGCCUUUGCCGCCGCCGAGGAUGUUCGGACCUUCGAAGAGUCUGGAAAGGAGCGCGUUCUUUAUCGAGGAGAACGAAAGCCAAUGCGAAGGUGAGCCGAUCACGACAAAUCUGCACGUGGGGCCGUUGCUGAAGAAACAGGAUUCCAGGAACAACUCGGAUCCUAAUAUGAUAGACUCGUUGGAGGGCAACAAGAUCGUCCAAGGUGGUGGAAGUGCGGAUGCCAUUUACGCCAAUCCAAAGUGCCCUCUUCACGGAAAUCAAUAUCCGUAUCCGCCGACUUCGCAAAGCGUCGACGAGGACAUCGGCAGAUCCGCCGGACUUUUAGAAGUGGGCAACCCAAAUUGGUACAAAGCGGUGGUAGGCGACACGCAAGCCAUGAUGACGUCGACCACCUCGGAACCGCAUAUCGUGAUUAGCAGGGACGAGAGGCAGCCGGUGUUAGGUACGGGAGUGCCGACGGUGGAACCGAAGAUCGCGAUCACGCCGAGAGUGUUUAAUCCGUGCCAGGCCAAUCAGAACGUGAGUCCCACGGCGCUCUUCGACGACAAAAUCGCGCACGAACUGAAAACAGCAGAAACGAUACGAGCCGGAGGUUCGUUGGAGGAGGUUACAUCCGGCGGUUCGUUGAUCAGGGAAACAGAGAGGAGAGAGCCGCGGAUAAUCAUCACCGCGCGGGAACCGAAAAAUUGCGCCCCGGCGAGCAGUCUGAAGCAGCCGAAGAUCAUCAUAAAGCCGACAACGGCGACUCUGCCGAGGAACAGGGAUCAAAGGAAUAUACCGAAGGUGUCAGCCAUACCGUCGCCGGAACAGCAGAAUUGCCAGAACAGCGAGAGAGACAGAGCAUUGGAGCAGAGGGAGAGGCCGUCUCUAAGGGAAAAGCCGAGGGUUACGAGGAUCCCAUCGUUUUCACGCAGGCGAGAGGAUGUCGGAAUUGAAAAGCCAUCGUAUGCGGAGAAGACGGAGAUCGUACAGAGAGUGGAGGCGGCGCCCAGUAAAAUCACGAACGCGCCAUCGAUGCCCGACGCCAAGUCGGGCAUACCGACGCCAACGGCGCCCGUGACGCCGAAGAGCGAGAAGACGCCCAGCACGGAUUCGUCGUCCGCCAGCAACGGGAAUUCCAGCAACUCGAAUACCGGUACGAUCAAACGUAAACCGGCGUGCAAGAAAUAAUUGGCUCGAGCUACGUCUCGCCCUGUUUUGCCAAUGCACGCGAUUUGGAUUUCCGUCGUUUCCAUCGGACGUCGACGCAACUCUUGUAGUAUCCUGAAACUGGCAAAAAACUCUGAUAUCCGGUAAUUAUUAGUCAAUUAUCAAUCAAUGAAAUAUUCUGAAUUACAGAUACGUUAUAAAAUAUGUUUGGAGAUAUUUUUAUACACUGAGUGCAGUACAGUGGAAAAUAGGAAAAAUGUAUAUAGUUAUUUAACAUUUAUUUGCAUUAAUAGUAUAAGAAGAUUCAGAGUGUCGUAGCAUAAUUUUGGACAUGACAUUAAGAAAUAGGUAGGGAAAAAACGAUCCAGAGAUAAUAGUUAAUUAUAUUUUCUAUCAUAAAACAUUUGCAAUUAUUCAUAAUAGCGAACAAAUUAAUUAAAAAGAUUUGAUCUUUUACAUGUUCAAACGCGUUUUUUAUUACGUUUGUUUUCUUAUUCAUAUGAUGUAGAAUCAAACAGUAAUAGCAAUAUUUUCUAAUAUUUAGAGUUAUCAUUAUUUAUUACUAUCUUAGAUAUUGCAAUUUUUCGCACAUUGAACUGUAUUUUAGUGAUGCUAGCGCAAUUUAUCUAUGUGUUACCUUAUCAUAAGUUGUUAUUACAUUAACUGCUAAUACACUUUUACUACUAAUUAAAACUGUGCGGAUACAAAUACAAACGUUACGCAAUCGCACGUCAUAGAGAAAAUAACACCGUUAUUAAGAUUAAGAUGAAAUAGCAACAAUAUUAUUGCACUGAGAAAAAGAAAUGAUUGCAUGUACUAUAAUUUAAAUAUAAUUCACAAUAAGUUCGGUGACAACAACAUUAUUGUAAUUUUAACUAUACGUAUUGUAUAGCUGAUUUUACGCUGCAUUAUAGUCACCAUAAUCAUAAUACGCAUCCUGAAUAUUUUUUCAGAAUGUUGUAAAAUUAUAAUUUUUUCACUAUGCAAUUAUAGUCGCAAAUACCAAAGACUUUUCUCUCAGUGUAAAGUUUAAGGCUGUACAGCAAACCAUGUUCUUCUACAUAUGCCCAUAGAUUGUCAAGACUGUUCUCGCGAGCGUUGCCAAUCGCGUUCAGGGUUCCGAUUUGAUCGGACAGGAUGUCAGACGUUAGUCGGAUGUCGAUAAUUUCCGCGACGCUCGCGCUUUUGUACGCGUGUAACUUUGUACAAUAACGAGAAUAAAUGUUUUUCAUACUUUU